AUGAGUGACCCUCCACCGCCUCGUGCUCCACCAAUACCGCCUCUUAACAUCCCCUCAGCAGCCCUACAUAUCCACAGCUGUGCGCGGGAUGAACAGCACCCAGACUCUGAGGUUGCCAUACGCCAUGAACGGCAGCGCGUUGCAAAAGAGCUAGAACCCGUAAGGCGCAAGAGAGCCGCAACACCAAGUGAAGCAAAUACAGAGCAUGACCCGAGAGAUGAGUUGAGCCACUAUGCCAGCACGCAAGCAGAUGAUGUACCUCAAGAGACGGAAGACCACAAUGCAACAAUACCGUGUAAGACGCGAUUCUACGACCCAAUCGCCAAGUUCUGGCGUACACAGAUAAGUCUGGUCAUGGAAGAAGGAUCGCUUAGAGACCACCUGGCACUCGAGCGCACUUUCCUCGGCUACCUGCGUACCUCGCUUCUCCUCGUAGUAACGGGUGUGAUUAUCGCACAGCUGUUCCGGCUACAGCAUAGUCCGCAUCCACAGCCUCAUUUUGGGUUCUACAAGAUCGGGAAGCCGUUGUCGGCCACAUUUAUUUGCAUGGGCAUCGUGGUUGUGCUGGUUGGAGCGAUACGGUUCUGGAGAUUGCAGAAUGCGUUGGUGAGGGGCAAGGCUAUAGCUGCGGGGUGGGAGGUUAAUGUGGUGAUGGGGUUGGUUGGGUCGUUGAUGUUGGGGACGUUUGGGCUUAUUUUGGGAGUUGAUAUUGACAAGAUGUAUUUUGGAGGGUGA